GUUCCAGCAAAAUGGAAAGCAAAAAAGGUCCAUUUCAAACACAACCCUUAUUUUUCUUCCAUUAAAACACUGUUAAAUCAUCAUCAUCUUCUUCUUCAAACAAAACCCAUCAUUGCUGGUUCAAGUUCAUAGAGUAAUCUAAAUUCUAAAUGCCUCCUUUGAACUUGGCAAAGAAGCUAAAACCAGCCAGAAAGGCCUGGAGGAGCUUCACCAUCAAAGUGAAGUCGAAGCUCGAAACCUUGGACUUCCUGAAUUCGAUCGAAUCAACGACUCGUCGUCUCCUCGAGUUCUGCUCGUUCCAUCUCUUUGCUCCGUUCAAGAGACGGUUCCUUUCGGGCCGACGUCGCCGGUUCAACUACGACUGCCUCUGCACAUACCAAAACCAGCCGAGGAACCGGAAAGUUAUAUACAUAGACCAGCUUUACGGUGAGCCUAUGUCAAUGCAAUUGCAAGCGAAGCACAAGGAACCACCGCAGGAGGCGGAGACGAGCAGAAGAAGCGUAGAAGAAGUGGAGGAGAGUAGCGGUGGCGUGUAUAGUAUUGAAGAUGCAUGGAAAGCUGUGGUUGCGAAAUCACCUCAUCUGAGGGGAGUGGAUGAACGAGCCGAUGAGUUCAUAUACAAGUUUCGAGAAGAGAGGAAGCUGGAGAAGGAACAAAGUGAUCUCGAUUUCCAGGAGAUGUUGGCUCGAAGUGCAUGAUCUUCUUGUUGUUGUUUUUUUUAUUUUAUGAAAAUGCAACAUGAUGAGGGUUUUGCAAGUUUUUUUGGUUACUGAUCAUAUGAUUCUAGCUGUUGUUACUAUGAUUUAGUAAAAAGGGGGGUUUUGAAAUUUGUAUGUAUAGAUUGGAUUAAGAUUCGUGUUCUUUUGUUCCUUUUUUGUGUUUCUUACAUAUAGCGGGGGAUGUCUGGUUUAGACGAUGAAUGUUUGAUCGUGUUGUUUGCUGAUGGAUUUAUGCAAAUUCAUCCUUCCGUUUCAUUUUGUUUUUGUUGCCCUCCGGAUACAAGGUUUUAUUUUUAUUGA